GUUCAUUGAAACUAAAUGAAAAAUAAUCUAGCAAUUUAAUCAAGAUUUUUUGGUUGUUGAACAAAUCGUCAACGUUACCUGUAUUUGUUUGUGUGUGUGUGUGUGUGUAAAUUUGUAAUUUUGAAAAAUCAAUCAUUUUUUUCUUGUUAUUUAUCAUGUGAUUAGAAGCUUAUUAGUAUCGAUCCGUCGGUCAGGAUAUAAAUAAACAAUGAAUCCUACUGUAAUUCCAAAUGAUAUUAGUAAUGAUGAUGAUGAUAUUAAUAAUACAACAACAAUUGCAGCUGAAAAUUCUACCAAAUUUAUAAAAAUGACAAAUAAUAAUGAAUUUGAUUAUGAUUCAAAUAAUGAAAAAAUAGCAUUUAAUUCCUCAUCAAUAAGAAAUUCACCGACAACAAAAUCAGAUCUUCAAUUAUCAAAUUCGAUAACAAAUGAUUUAAUAAAGACUUUAAAUGAAAAUCAUAAUAAUGAUAAAAAUAAUAUGAAUAAAUCCACAAUGAAGACAACGACCAGACAGAAUUCCAAUUCAUUUAUGAUUGAUGUGUUAGUAGGCGGUGAUACAAAAUCAUUUUCGUCGGCAACAAAAUUGUCGGAUAAAUCACAAUUAUAUAAUGAAUGUUCAAUAAAAGAUGAUCAAUCAUCUUUAUCAUCACCACAAUCAUCAUCACCGACAAUGACAACAACGCCAACAACAUCACAAUCAUCAAUGAUUAGUGAUCUAUUAUGGUCACAACAAUGGCAUGAAUUGAAACGUAUUCAACAAUUGUAUUAUGAAAAACUUUAUUCCGAUUCAUCAUGUUCAAUUAUUAAUCGACAACAAUCACAGGAAAAUCAUCUAUCACAAUCAUGUUCUUCAACAUCCUCAUCAUCAUCGUCAACAUCAUCAUCAACAUCAUCAUCAUUGAUUUCUAAUCGAUUUGGAUCAUUAAAUGAUAAUAAUGAUAAACAAUGGCAAGAUCAAUUACUUGCAUAUUAUGCAAAUCUAUUUUUUCAACAACAAACUAAUUCAUCAAUUUCUUCAUAUGCUGAAUUUAUGUAUCGUUUAAAUUCAUUAAAAAAUUCAAAUUCAAUUACUUCACCAUCAGUAAUAAUGAAUGAAAUGAAAAAAAGCAAAAUAGCCACCGAUAAUGAUGAUGAAAAUGUUAAAAUCGAUGAUGAUGAUGAUCAUCAUGAUGAUCACAAUGUUUAUGAACUAAAUGAAUUUAGUGAUAACAAUAAUGGUGAUUGUAAAUAUUUGAAAACAAUCGAUUCCUGUAAUAAUAAUGAGAUGUUGAAUGAAAAAAGAAAAAAUUCUUCUAGUCAUCGAUUAUAUGAAUUAUGCUCAAAUUUAUCACAAUCACCUAAAUCGUUAUCAUUGUCACCACAACAACAUUCAUCAUUAACAGCAGCAUCAAACGGUCAGAUAGUUUCAUCUAAUAAAAUGUCCAUUAAUGAUUUGAUGAAUGAAAAUCGUAAAUAUUCAAAUGAAAAAAUAGUAUUAGACAUUCCGAAUUCAUUGAAUGAUCUUAAUUAUUAUUCAUCAUCAGCAUCACAAUCACGAUCAUCAUUACCAUACUGUGAUAAAUAUGAUCCUUUAUCUAUAAAGUCAAAACAUCAAUCAUCUCAUCAUUAUCAAUUAAUUCAUGAUAAUAAUCCGUUGACCAAAAUGAAUGAACGAUCACCAUCACCACAUUCGAUUAAUAAAGCAUCUUUUAAUGAUUCAAAUCAUUCAUCAUCAUCUUCUGCAUCAUCAUCAUCAUCAUCAGCAGCAACAACAACAACAACAUCACCAUCGGCUGCAGCAGCGGCUGCUGCAGCAUAUCAUUUUUCCAAUAUGUUUCGUAAACCAAAACGUAUACGUACGGCAUUUUCACCCGGACAACUAUUACGUUUGGAAGAAAUAUUUGAAAAAAAUCGUUAUGUUGUCGGAUGUGAACGUAAACAAUUGGCACGUGAUCUCAAUCUAUCUGAAACACAAAUAAAAGUUUGGUUCCAGAAUCGUCGUACAAAACAUAAACGUGAAAAACAUAUUAUCAAUAAUAGUGGUGUAAAUGUAAAUCAUGGCCAUGGCAAUCAUCAUAAUCAUCAUCAUCAUCAACUUAAUCAAACACAAAAUCUAUUUGCAUCAUCUUCAUCACUUCGAUCACAUCAUCAACAUCCAAUUCAUUCACAUUUGGUUAAUGAUGAAUUAUUGGCAGCAAAAAAACUAUUCAUCCGAUCAAAUCCAACAACAACAUCAUUUCGAUCAUCAUCCUCAUCCUCAUCAUCUUCAACAACAUCAACAAUCAAAUCGAAUAACAGUGGUAAAAGUAUCGGAAAUGUUUUUAAUAAUUUCAAAAAUUCGACCACUACAUCAUCAUCUACUGAACAACGAAAUACAUUAAUGGCUAAAUGAGGAAAUUUUCUUUUUUUUUUUGUUCGUUGUUCAAAUACAAAAUUCAUCACUCAAUCAAUCUUAUUCACUUUGUAUAUGUCUUUGUAUGGAAUUUUUUUUCCAUUGAUUAUUAUCUUUCAAAAAAAAUCUAUCCUUUUUCCAGAUU